AUGUUUGAGAUUAUUUUUGAAUACAUAGAACAAGAUAAGUUCUACAAGUAUUUUCGUUUGUUGAUCAUCGUUGGAAUGUACUUGUUCUGCCGUAGGAUUUAUUCCGAAUAUGCCAAACAAAGUCAAAUCAAGAGACAAAUCGAAAUCGACGAGCAGGAAAAGUUAGAGAAGCCAGCCAGAGACGAACGUGAAAGAGCUGAAAAGGAAGAAGCUUUAGAAAAAGAAGCUGCUUCUUUCGGUUGGGGUAAAAAGACGAGAAAGAACGUAAAGCUUCAAGAAACUAUAUUACAACAAGAGUCAGAAGACUUAAGACAAAGAUACCAAUCUUCUUACGAUGCUGCCGAAGAUCACGACAUCGAAGAUCUUUUGGAGGAUUAG